UGGGUUUAAAGCAUGGUAUUGGGGCUAUAUAUCCAGGAAUCCGCUUAUGCCGGCCAUUUUCGAGGUGUAGUCCACCACGAGUCUCAUGUCGUUUUGGAACGUUAUGAACCCUCGCAGGUAGAUCCACGAGAUAAGUAUCAAGACCGACAGCAUCAGCGUGAGCUUGAUGACGUUGACCACCAGGCUGUACACGAUUCUCACUGCGUUGAGGAUCAAGUAGUACAGGAGGAACGAGCCCAGCACUAUGAGAGACACAAGUGCGACGUCUGGAUAGUUUAUGAACAGGCUCUGCACAAGCGUCAGCAGCUUGAGCGUCGACGUCUUGGCCACGCUGAAGAGGAUCACAAGCGUGUAGUCCACCUGUGUGUUUCCAGUUAUCAUCGUUAUAUGCUCUUCUUCCUCUUCCACUUCCUGUGUGAUGGCCUGGGCUCUUCCGGGGCUGUCCUGCUACCCCAAGGGCGUUUCUCCGGAAGCGAGGCGAAUUGGAAAGUCGACGCAACCAGCUUCCUCUCCAAGUGGCCAAUCCUGAGCUCGUCGUAUACGGUGGAAACAGUGGGAAAAUCAACCUCCAACGGCUCUCCAACGCUCGUCGCACACGCUGUCCGCCCUCUCUCCGAAUAUCAGCCGGUUUCACCAGUAAUGUCCCCUACAAAGCAGCAGGUGCUUUCCCUCUACCGGGAGUUCGUGCGUAACGCCUCCAAGUUCUCCAACUACAACUUCAGAAACUACUUCUUGAGAAGAUCGCGCGAUGCCUUCAAGCAGGGCAAGUCACUCAGCACCAGCGAGCAGGUGGAUGUCCAGUUCCAAAAGGCCAGGGAAGAACUGGAGGUGCUGAAGAGACAAUCCAAGAUCAGCCAGAUGUACACCUUCGAGAAGCUGGUUGUGGAGCCUCUGGACCCUCACCACCGUGCAAAGCAUGGAUGAGUGUGCCCACUCGCCAGC